AGUGCUCACGAUGGACAACAGAUGUCACUCGAAGAUGUCGUCGAAGAAAACCUUUACCUGUCAAUAAUAAAUAGCCUGUUGUUAACGCCUAUUAUUAACGAGCGCUGAAUGAUUUACAAUAAUAAUGCAAAGUGGUUGAUUUCUUGCUGAAGUUUAGGUAAAUGGACUUAUUUCGGACAUUUUUCGCCAUGGUACUGUGCAUUCAAAGAAGUGGAGGCUCACUCUAAAGUUACGGGGCUUCGCAAAACUGCGGACACAGUUAUGAGAGAGAGACACAAUUGAAAUACACCAUGGAGAUGGAGCAGAACGUCGCGCAAACCCUGUUCACUCAGGGCGCCACGCUGGUUUUAUUGGAUGUGCCGGUGGGCACCGACGUCGGGAUCGACAUAAAAUCGUGGAACACGGAAGGGAAUUUUAAAGGCAUCAAGAUGAUCCCUCCCGGGAUUCACUACGUACACUACAGUGCCGUGAACGAAUUCGGCGAGAUGGCACCUAGGGUCGGUUUCCUUCACAACUUCCAGAAAUACGAGUUUCUAGUGAAGAAAUGGGACAGCAAGGAGGAGGAUAUCAGCACCGAAUCCGUACCCGAGGAGACUGUUCGGAGGCUGAAGGACAACCUGAAGGAAUUGGACAGGUAUCUAGGACCGUACCCAUACGAGAUAUGGAAACAGUGGUCGGAAUUAACAAGCAAGAUCAACGUGACCCUCAUGGAGAGAUGCUCGCCGCUGUGCGGCUACGUGCGGUCCGCUCUGGAAUUGGAGCACUGCAGCGACGCUUCGAGGCCGCGCGGCGGCGAGUCCGAGGCCAAGAGACCAAGGAGGUCCGGCAAGCUCACGGCGGAGGACAAGGAGGAGGAGCUGCUGCCGGACCUGAAACCGAAGCCCGGCACUGAGCUCAGACUCACGGAGAUACCGGACAAACGUUACCCCGACGACGCGACUCCCAGCGAGAUCACACGGCACUCCCUCGACUCCAGUUACACUCUGAGCGCCACCCUGAGGAAAUUGCGAGAGCCGGUCGAGAUCAUCGGCGAGAUGCAGCUGACGUUCAUCUGUUUCCUGGCCGGCCAGAGCUUGGACGCGUUCGAGCAAUGGAAGAAACUCGUUACGCUGAUCUGCGACGCGGAUCGCGCGAUUCCUCAGUACCGUUCCGUCUAUAUAGAAUUCCUGCAGGCCUUGGAGGUGGAGCUGUCGUACGUGCCGGAGGAGAUACUCUGCGACAUCGUGGCGAGCAAUAAUUUCGUGUACCAAAAAUUGUACAAACUGUUCGGUAACAUCGAGUCGAACGCCGACGUGGACGGCCGGCUGAAGUCUUACGCGAAACGCCUGCAGGAACGACUGACUGCCAAAUUUCUGUGGGACUUUUCGAAUUUGCUCGAGGACGCGGACGACGAGGCACCCGUCAUCGUGAGUCUGGCGUGAGCGCGGGAUAAUGGAAUAAGAAUGCCGAUCUUCGUUACUUUCUUAUUCUUCUUCCUCGCUAUUAUAUAAUGUCGGUGUGAUUUAUAAAUAAAUAAUUGUAAACGACCCAUACAAUAUGUGUGUAAAUUAUGUCUCAAAAGCGUCGCUCGGACGGUCUUAUUGUCUCAAGAACGUCGUUUAGACGUUUUAUCGUCUCUAAGAUGUUUAGAUAUUAUCUUAAUAGACGUUUUUAUGACGUCUUAGAACGUCCUCUGGAGAAGCCGUACGAAACCCGAUAUGCGUCCCCACGUGUAGACGAUGUCAAGUUUUAGCCCAUUCUUCGAUUAUAUCAGUGUACGAAAAAUUCUGUUGUAAUAAAUAUAAGAUACUAAA